CACCGAGGUUCGGCUCGGCCAUCGACAGCGCUGCCUGCAGAGCUGCUGACGCGUUAAGGCCGGCUAGUCGAACACGGAAGUGAAGACGUGGUGCUGCUGUUGCCGCCGAAGACUCCGCUGCACGGCACGAUGCUGGACUUCGUGAUCUUCGCCGUCACGUUCCUGCUGCUGCUGGUCGGCGCCGUGCUCUACUUGUAUCCGGCAUCAAGAACAGCUCUGGGAAUUCCUGGCCUCACACCGACGGAAGAGAAAGACGGGAACCUGCCAGACAUUGUGAACCGGGGCGGCCUUCACGACUUCCUGGUGGCGCUGCACGAGCGCUAUGGCGCGGCCGCUUCCUUCUGGUUUGGAAGGCGUCUGGUGGUCAGCCUGGGCUCUCUGGAGCUUCUGCAGCAGCACAGCAAUCCCAACCGGACAAUGGAUCCUUUUGAAACUGUGCUGAAGCCCUUGUUGGGCUAUCAUGCCAGUGACGGUACAGAGGGCAUCGUUCGGAAGAAGAUGCACGAGACGGCUGUCAGCAAAACUCUCCAGAGCAACAUCUCUCUCCUGAACAAGCUGGCUGAUGAACUGGUGGACAAGUGGGCAUCUUACCCAGCUUCCCAACAUGUGCCACUGUGUCAGCACCUGUUAGGCUUUGCCAUGAAAGCGGUCACCCAAACAACCAUGGGCAGCAGAUUCAUAGAAGACAGGGAAGUGAUUGAAUUCCGCAAAAACCACGACACGAUCUGGUCAGAGAUUGGAAAAGGCUUUCUCGAUGGGUCUCUUGAGAAGAGCUCGACAAGGAAGGCACAGUACGAGAAGGCCGUGAUGUACGUGGAGACGGUGAUGAAGGACAUAAUCAAGGAGAGGAAAGGAACAAGCUGCCCUCAGCACAUUUUCAUGGACACCUUACUGCAGGCCAACCUCAGCGAGAGGCAGGUGCUAGAAGACAGUGUCAUUUUCUCCUUGGUGGGCUGCAUCAUCACAGCUAAUUUGUGCAGCUGGGCAGUGUAUUUUCUGUCCACCGUGGAAGACAUUCAGGAGGAACUGCACCGUGAGCUGGAAGAGGUCUUGGGCCAGGGGCCGGUGACACUGGACAAGUUAGAGCAGUUGAGGUUCUGUAGACGAGUCCUUCAUGAGACCGUCCGAACUGCCAAGCUGACCCCUGUGGCGGCCCGUGUGCAGGAGCUGGAGGGACGUGUGGACCAACAUGUCAUUCCUAAAGAGACCCUGGUUAUCUAUGCCCUGGGUGUGGUGCUGCAGGAUGCUGCCAUCUGGCCCCUGCCUUACAGGUUUGAUCCUCAUCGAUUUGAUGAAGAAUCAGAAAGGAAGAGCUUGUCCCUGUUGGGUUUCUCCGGAAGCCAGGAGUGUCCAGAGCUGCGGUUUGCCUAUGUGGUGGCGACAGUGUUACUCUGUUCGCUGCUGAACAGACUGAAGAUCUGCCAGGUGUCCAGCCAGGUUGUGGAAACAAAAUGUGAGCUCGUGUCAUCCCCAAAGGAAGAGGCCUGGAUCUCGGUGAGCCGCAGAAGCUAGAGGAGGAAAUCCUCAAGGACACUUCCAUUGAGCACGCUGGACUGUACAAGAUGGACAUCACCGUAGACAACUUGAGCAGAAGGAGUUCGGCCAAUGAGAGGACAAGGACAACCAGUGGGCCCAUUGUGGGAGCCUGCCCAAGUGGCAGAUGUCCCAGAGUGCUUCCUGCUAUCACAAUAAAGAGCAGUGGCCUUUCUCGCUUUACUCUUAUUAGUUGUCUGACAUCCUUUAUCCAAGGGUGACUUGCAUCAUUUCAGAUACAGUCGGUUACGUUUGUUUUUGUCUUUCCAGUUGGAGCCCAGGCAGGUGAAGUGACUUGCCGAGUGUCACACAGUGGUGUCAGUAGUGGCAUUUGAACCCACAGCCUCAGGGUUUGAAGUCCAAAGCCUGAAUUUCUCCACAGUGUUGCUCUUUGUUCCAUCUAUUGGCCUUCAUUCUGGGCUUUGAUGGCCUGCCAGCACUUUCUGAUUAAAAAUAAGAAGGCCCACCUACACCGAGCACAGCGGAGGCCCCUUUCUUCACCCUGACAUCUCCCUUCUGCUUUUCCUCACUGAUUUCAUCCCAUUGAUCCCAAGGUUGCCAUCACGUCCGUCAGUGAUUACCGUUUUCCACACAGUUCUUUGCAGUGGGCUCUACCGUUGAGGUCAGUUCAGAUCCCAUGUUCUCAAACUUCUAGCUCUUCCAAAGGGGACAGCUGAUCUCCUCCCAAACAUUGUCUGGCUGGUCCCAGCACAACCUCACGACUCAUUUGGAUCUUCUCAGCAGUGGCUCCAUUUUUAAGAUCCAAGUCAACACUGAGGUGUGAUCAGUGGGUCCAGACCUUUAGAUCUGAUGACUACAAAGCUGACCAGUGGCCUUUAGCCCGAGGGUACCAGAGAUGGAUCAGUACAAAAAGGUUGACUUUCAGUAUUGAUACCCAAAUGGUACUGAAGAAAAUAAUUGAGAACGUCCUCCUUCCCGAUGUUUUGUACCCCCCAGCCCAUAGACACGUGCACCUCCCUGCUACGCUGCAGUCCUCUAAUCAUUAUGAAGA